AACGAAUGUUGUUGGUUGUUUUGUGUUGGUCCGGAUGUUUGUUUAUUAUUAAAUUACUUAGAUUAAAAAGAAGCUGCAAUGCCAAAAGAUUAUUUUCCUUAUAAAUCUUGUCGUAUCUGUCUGGUUAAAGACUCAAAGUAUUCAAAAUUUGUGACCUUUGACGAUAGUGGAGGAUGGCUAGCAAUGUACGAGUUUUGUUUUGGUUUGACUAUAUCUACCGAGGAUGUACCCCGGAUACUAUGUAAUUCUUGUGCUGGUAAAAUGAAAGAUUUUAACACAUUCAAACUACAAGCCCAAAAAUCUGAUAAAUUGUGGAAAACAAUAGCUAAUAUUACACCAGGGAGUGUGAUAGAGAAUUGUCAACAAGAUGUUGAGAACAAAUCUAGCUUAUUACCUAUACAAGAAGAAUGUGAGGAAGUAAAUUUAAUUUCUUCUGAUAGUGAUGUUUGGCCUGAAGAUGACAAGGAAUCAUGUGAAAUUUUAAUAGUAAAGAAAGAAGAAAAACCUGCUAAUGGGGUUCAGUCGGAAACGGAUAGUGACUAUGACCUUACAGAACUUGAGAAAUUUGAAAUUUUGGAAGAAGAAAACCCUGCUAAUGGGGUUCAGUCGGAAACGGAUAGUGACUUUGACCUUACAGAAUUUGAGAAAUUUGAAAUUUUGGAAGAAACGAACAAUUUGGAAGAAAUCAAAAAUGACGAUAAAAAAAAUAAAGUGUAUACGUGUCCAAAAUGUAACAUGCAGUACAAACGGUUGAAAUUCUAUAAGAAGCAUUUGAAGAAACCUGAUUGCAAAGAUGUACCAGUACCGAAAAAAGUGGAACAAAAAGAGUUAUAUUGUGGAUUAUGCGAAACGUGGUGUCCAGAUUCUGAAUCACUAAAUAAACAUAUAAAUGAACAUAGCACCAAAGAUGAUUUAUCUUGCGGCUUGUGUGAUUACAUUGGAAGAGAUUUCGCUGAUAUGGAGACGCACAGAUUUAGUCACCAGCGAAAAGAUGGUCCUAGAUCGUAUAUUUGCCACUUAUGUGGCAAAUUGCAUUGUGCUCUCCUAGUUCUCCAGUUUCACUACAGGACAGUGCACCUGAACAAAACGAACGGUGGUUGGUGUUCUUAUUGCAAUAAGGAAUUCCGCACAUACAUAAAGUGGAGGGACCAUGAGAGACACCACAGAUCUUCAAAAUACAUCUGUGAUCACUGUGGGAAAACAUUCUUAUAUAGGGCUACGAUAAUAACUCAUUUGCAAGAUAUUGGUAAUGAAAAUGCCUAUAUUUGCGAUGUUUGUGGAAAAGGAUUUAAACGGGCUAGAGCCCUUAAGCUCCACCAAGAGACCAUGCACGACACAGUUCAAGCCACGUGUGCACACUGUAACAAAGUGUUCAGAAACCAGAAGCACGUCGACUUACACAUGGUCAAAUUGUCCAAGCAAAAAUCGCACCAAUGCCACGUCUGCUCCAAGUUGUUCUUCACACCUUUCCAUUUGAAGAGGCACAUGGCUUGGCAUUUCGACGAUAGGCCGUACAAAUGCGAAAUUUGCGACGCUUCUUACAAAGUUAAAAACCAGUUGACGAUCCAUAUGCGCAAACACAGCGGGUUCAUGCCGCACAAGUGCACAAUUUGCCCCAAAGAGUUUGCGACGACGCCGCAAUUAAGAGUGCAUCUGUCUGUGCACUCGGGGAUGAGGCGGCACAAAUGCCCGUAUUGCGAAAGGAGUUUCCACAACCGAAAGGAUUUGGUGCUGCAUUGCGAUAAACGUCAUUAUGUGUCGGACUUCCAAAUAAGCGGCGAGAUGAAAGAUGUAGAAAGCUAACAUAGAUAGUUACAGUUAAUUGUUUCAGUAUUUUUUUGCUCUAUUUAUUUGAUAC